AUGAACAAAGAAGAAUCGUUUAAACAUUUUCCAGCACAAUUUCAUGAUUCGAGGUAUGAGCAUACCUUUGACCUCCAACAGAGAUCUAAAAAUGAGACCUGGUUCUUGACUUUAUUGAAAGUAGACUUAGUAUGUAUGAAAAUUAAAAAACAACCAAACUAUUCUAAUACACCCUACACUCCUAGGAAAUACAAUCAAAAAUCUCAACCUUGCUCAAGAUAA